CCGGCUUGGGUGGAAAACAGCUCCCCAGCCCCAGCCUGAGCAACGACAGCGACAGGGAGGGAGCUGGGAAGGCAAGUGGGGCCCCCCCCCCCAGCCCCAGGUACAGCUCUCGCCUUCCUGAGGUGAGCUGCCACAGAGACGGGACUCAGUCGGCUGUGCCGCUGUGCCAGCCGUACCGCCGUGCCAGCCACGCCACCGUGCCAGCCACACCAGCCGCCCGGCCCUGCGGCUCCGUAGGAAAGGGUCCCUGGACGCCCGCUCGGUGCCCGCACCACGGUGCAGGAUGGGUGCUGUGGCAGUGCCACCUGCAGCCACCUGCGUGCUGCUGGCCUUGCUCCCCACCACCAGUGGACAGACCACCCCUCCCUCGGGCUGCGGCAAGGACCUCUCCUCCCUCUACUACAACCUCUGUGACCUCUCAGCAGCCUGGGGCAUCGUGCUGGAGGCCGUGGCCAGCCUCGGCGUGGUGACCAGCUUUGUGCUCACCAUUGUCCUGGUGGCCAGCCUGCCCUUCGUGCAGGAACCCCAGAAGAAGACCCUGGUGGCCACGCAGGUCUUCUUUCUUCUGGGCACCUUUGGGCUCUUCUGCCUGACGUUUGACUUCAUUGUGGGGGCGGAUUUCUCCACCUGCACCUCCCGCCGCUUCCUCUUCGGCGUCCUCUUCAGCAUCUGCUUCUCCUGCCUGCUGGCGCAUGCCGUGGCCCUCAACUUUUUGGCACGGAGGAACCGGGGCCUGCAGAGCUGGGUGACGCUGGCGGUGGCCCUGCUCCUCACUUUGGUGGAGGUCAUCAUCAAUGCCGAGUGGCUCAUCAUCACGGUGGCGCGGCGGGAGGGUGGCUCUCCGGACCCUUGCCAGCUGGCAGAUGCUGACUUCGUCAUGGCGCUCAUCUACGUCAUGUUCCUGCUGGUGGCUGCCUUCGGCACUGCCUGGACGGCCCUCUGUGGCCGCUAUGGCCACUGGCGCAAGCACAGCGCCUUCAUCCUGGCCACCACCGGCCUCUCCAUGGCCAUCUGGGUGACAUGGAUGGCCAUGUACCUCUAUGGGAACCAGCAUGCAGGCAAGAAGCCCGGCUGGGAUGACCCUACGCUGGCCAUUGCGCUGGUCUCCAAUGCCUGCACCUUCCUCCUCCUCUACAUCAUCCCCGAGGUGACGCACAUGACACGGCGGGGUUCCGAGCAGGCCUUUGAGGAUGAUGUCUACCCCACACGUGGGGUGGGCUACGAGACCAUCCUUAAGGAGCAGAAGUCGCAGAGCAUGUUUGUGGAGAACAAAGCCUUCUCCAUGGACGAGCCCUCCUUUGCCAAGAAGCCGGUGUCCCCAUACAGCGGCUACAACGGGCAGCUGCUGACCAGUGUCUACCAGCCCACCGAGAUGGCUCUGAUGCACAAGGGGCCGACCGAAGGUCCCUACGACGUGAUCCUGCCCCGUGCCUCCACCGCCAGCCCAGCAGCCGGCAGUGCCAGCUCGACGCUGCGAGCCGAGGACGCCUUUGCGGCACAGGCCCGACACGCCGGCGCCCAGCGGGAUGGCAGGAGCUGCCAGGUGCAGUCCCCAUACAGCAGGAACCGGUGGUGAAGCCCCCGUGGCACAGGCCCCGCAGCGCUGGCACAUCCGCGGUCCCACCGUCCCGCUCCUGAGGUCUCAUCAAGCCUCGUCCCUCCCUACCAUGUUCAUCCCACCCCAUCCAGCGGCUGGAGCUGGUUCCUGUGCAAGGGACACCCGGACACAGUCCCAGAGACAGUGCUUCUGCCUGCCCAUCCCGCCUGGCCAUGGCACCUGCAAGCCACCAGCUCUGCCUGGACACCUUCGUCCCUGCUGCCAUCCCUACUGCAAGGACCGGCUCCCACGGGGCCACCCUGAGUCAUCCCCUUGCUGCCAUCAUGACACAUGAACAUCCCGUCCCCUCUGGGCCAGGGACCAUCUGCCACCAAGAAGUCAGGGAGCCAGUGGGACUCCUGCCCAGGGCUCCCCCAGCACUGAGCCCCUGGUUCCAUGCUGACCCUCGCCAGCCCUGGGGACAUCACAGGCCCUGAGCGGGGCUGGCACUGUCCCACCACAGGGCAUAAGGUGACACAAAGCGCUCCCCAGCCCUGGCUUCUGCUGUGCCUCAGUUUCCCAAUUGCCAGGGAAGGGGGGCUGCUCGGGGUCUGGGGGAAUCAGUGCCUUGCUGGGGCUGGGGACCUGAACCCCCCUGUGGCUCUGGCCACCUUCUUGGUGCCUUCCCCCCUCGCGGCUCAGAGAUCCCUCCCAGGGAGCAGGGAGGGAGCUGGGCCCCUCACCGUCCUCGUGGCUUUCUCUGUCGUUCUUCCUCUUCCCCCUUUUUCUCAGGUCAGCCUCAAUAAAGGUGGUUUUUCCUA